ACACCAGAACAGGAAGUCAGUCUUCCUGUUAUGUCACGUUGCAGUUAGCACUUCGCCGGUAGAUAUGAGAAUUUUUCAGUCGUUUUAUUCUCUUCGCUUUUGAAAAUGGCUGGCCAAAUGUCAAUAUUAGGUUCUGCUGUCCUUGCGUUGUUCUUGGCUGGUUAUUUGGGUCAACAGUAUCUACCACCUCCUAAACCAAAAGUAGUUGGCUUUGAUCUUGGAACUACUUUCUGUUCUGUUGGUGUGUUUCAUCCCGGACUAGGUGAAGUGGAGGUAAUUGGAGAUGAAAAAGGUCGGAAGAGCAUCCCAAGUGUCGUGUCCUUUGCUGACUCUAAUAUUUAUGUUGGAUAUGAAGGUCAAAAAAUGGCAGAUUCUUUUCCUCAGAAUACAAUAUAUGAUGCUAAAAGAUUUAUUGGAAAAAUAUUUAGUGCUGAAGAACUGAACAGAGAAAAAAGAAGAUACCAGUUUAAGGUUUUAUAUAACAAUGGAACAGCAGAAUUUUCAAUAUCGACAAAUAGAACAUUUACUGUUACUCCUGAAUAUAUUGGAUCCCGCUUGCUCUUAAAGUUGAAGAAGAUGGCAGAAAAGUCUCUUGGAGUUCCAGUAACUAAUGCAGUCAUUUCUGUUCCGGCAGAAUUUGAUGAAAGACAGAGAAACUACACCAUAAAAGCAGCAAAUCUUGCAGGUAUGAAUAUUCUUCGUUUGAUCAACGAACCUACAGCAGCAGCAAUGGCAUACGGGCUGCACAAAGUGGAUGUCAUGAAUGUUUUGGUUGUGGACCUUGGAGGUGGCACAUUAGAUGUCUCCUUGUUGAAUAAGCAAGGAGGAAUGUUUCUAACCAGAGCUAUGGCAGGCAAUAACAAACUUGGAGGGCAAGACUUCAAUCAAAGGCUACUUCAACAUGUGUUUGAAAGCAUUCAGCAGCAAUAUGGGGCCUUUCCAUUACUUAAAAGGGAUGUGUAUAAUUUGCGUCAGGCAGUGGAAAGAACAAAGCUGAAUUUAACUUUUCAGCACUCUUCAAAAAUCAGUAUACCUCUUACUUUGAAGUCUGAGGCCAAGCUCAAUGAGCCAUCAGAAGAAGACACCAUUCAAAGUGUUCUGUUUGAAGAAGAAAUAACAAGAGAACUCUUUGAAAAGCUUAAUGCAGAUCUUUUUCAAAAGAUUCUUAUUCCUAUUGAAAGGGUUUUGAGAGAUGGUUUGCUGGACAAAUCAGAAGUGGAUGAGAUUGUUCUGGUUGGUGGAUCAACUAGAAUACCUCGUAUUCGCCAGAUAAUUGCUGAAUAUUUUGGGAAACAGCCCAAUGUAUCAGUGGACCCAGACCUGGCAGUGGUAAUUGGGGUAGCUAUUCAGGCAGGAAUCAUGGGAGGUUCAUGGCCUUUACAGGUCAGUGCAAUUGAAAUUCCAAACAGACACUUAAAGAAAACAAAUUUUAAUUAAUACUUCAGAGGUUUUUUCGCUUAGUCAAAUUUCAUCCGUACCAUGUAUUAUAAUUAUUUGAAAUACAUACAAAAAUAUUUAUUUUGCAUUUCCAUUAAAGUCAAAGUGUUACUGCUAUACAUAAUGCCUUGUUUUGGAUCUUUUUAGUUAUCUCCUAAAAGCCAAUGCAGAUAAAAUUUAGAAAAUGAGAAUGUAAUUUAAUAUUUGUUUUAACAUUUCAGUUAAGGGUUACUGAAGUAAUGUUAACAGCUGUAUAAUUUCAAGGUCAUAUACCAUGUUACCUAUUUGAACAGUCCUGAUAAAACUCUGCUAAGUAAUCUUGAGAUUAAUAUUAAGAGGCUUUUGUUCAUCAUGUGGGUAUUUCUUUUUUUAGAUUGCAUCCAGUUCUGUUCCUUCAGUUUUUCAGUGGCCUCGAGUAUUUAAGAAAGUUAAUGCCUAAUUAAUUCAGAGUUCUUAUUGUAAAUAAUGUAUUUAUUAUUUUUUUUAUCUUUCAGUAAUAUUAAGUUACUUAAAUUUCCUUUACAUGGGUAUUUAAUUUUUAAUAUAUUUUUAUUAUUGGCAAUUUAUUUUUUCACAUAUUCAGAACCACAGUGAUAAACUAUAUAAAGAAACAUUAAUUUAUAUUUAACGGUUUAUUUUAUGAAGUGUAUUUGAUUUAUUAGAAAAAAAACAUUCCAAAGAAAGCUAUUUUUCUAAGAUUGUAUAUUGUAAUAUAUAAUAUUUCAGCAUUUAACCCCUUUACACGGUUGUCUUUAUUUAUUCAUAUAUAUAUAUAAUAUAUAUAUAUAAUAAUGUAUUUAUACAGUAAAUGUUUGAGGUUGGGCAACACAUGUCCAGCAGUACUUCAGUGGUUACUGACUUUUGCUUUAAACAAUUCUUAAUUUGAGGUCAAUCUCUGGUAUUAACUGCUGUUAUCUGCUCUUCUUGCUUAAUAGAAUUUUCAUAUCCUUCUGUGUACAGUUUUAGUUAUGACUAAAAGGGUGGAUUUAACUUUCUUAUGAUGUUUAAACUGAAGCAUACUGUGGUCAAAGCCUUUUGGUGCACUGAGAAUGAUUUGCAGUCUGCGUAAAGCGGUAAAGUGACAGCAUAUUUCAGUUUCAACAAGUUUCUAAAUUAGAAGUCAAUUCUUGUUUUUGAAACAUGUUUGUUAAUUUAGUGUAGUUUAUUCCUGCUUGAAUUCUGCUGAGUAAUCUAUAUCCAGUCAUGGUCUUUCAGAAAGUGCACUGCUUCACCAUGAAAUUGUUGAAAUUAUACAUGCUUUGACAUUCAAAUUUAUUUCAUUUUGUUUGCAUUGAAACAACAGAAAAAGUAUAGAAAAAAACGUAAAAUCUGAGAUCAUUCCAUAUGUUGAAUUCCAGAAAAGGACUAGACAAAAUUAUUGCCACCUUUUUAAAAUUGUAACAAAUAAUUGUAAUUCAAAUCAUGUGUUGCUCCUUUAAUUUCUGUUUAAACUCAUCAACUCAAGUAACAUGUACACUAUAGAAAUCACACUGGCAAUCAGUUUAAAUGGAAAAAAGUUGACAAAAGCUUUGUGUCUGUAUGUAGCACACUGAACGUUGAGAAGAGAAAGAAGAGCAAAUCUCCAAGGAUUUGAGAAACAAAAUUUUAGAAAAGUCCAUCUCCAGAGAUCUUAAUGUUCCUGUGUUCAUUGUGUGCAGUGUCAUGAAGAAGGUUAUAGCCCAUUGGCACUGUAGCUAACCUCCCCGGACAUGGAAAAAUUAAUAGAAGAUUGCAACAGAGGAUUGUUCAAUUGGUGCAUAAAAAACCUCAGUCAACUUCCAAGCAAAUUUAAGCUAACCUGCAGACACAGGGUACAACAGUGUCAGAUUGCACUAUUUGUCAUCAUCUGAAUAAAAUGGGAUGCUAUGGUAGGAGAUCCACAGGAACUCCACUGCCAACACAGAGACAUAAACAAUUCUGACUGGAGUUUGCCAAAACUUACCUGAAAAAGCCAACAUACUUUUAAGAGAACAUCCUGUGGAUAGGUGAGAUUUUUGGUAAAUCACAUUGUUAUACCAUCUAUAUAUAUUAAAUAAGGUCUUCAAAGAAAAUAACAUGGUCCCUGUGGCCAACCAUGGUGGAGGUUUGCAGAUAUUUUUUGGUUACUAAAAUAGGGAAGGGAUUGUGUUUAAAAAAAAAAAAAAAUGCUUUAGUUGCCUCACAUUUUUAUGCAAUCAUUUUGUUCACCCCACUGAAUUAAAGCUGAAAGUCUGCACUUCAAUUGCAUCUGAGUUACUUCAUUUAAAAUUCAUUGUGGUAAUGUACAGAACCAAAAUUAGAAAAAAGUUGUCUCUGUCAAAAUAUUUAUGGACCUAACUGUGUGUGUG